UUUGAGCGGCCAGACCAAAUCACAAACAGAAUGGCAUUCUUUGCUUGAGCGCAGUUUCUUUUCAAGAUCUUCCAGGACGCCCGUAAUGAUUUCCCUCUAUUACAAUGGGUGUUCUAGGAUUAUGGCAGCUGCUGCAGUCCACGGGCCGUCUCGUGCCACUGGAAUCACUGGAGAACAAGACGCUGGCCGUGGAUGUCAGCAUGUGGAUGCACCAGGCUGUGCGGGGUGUACGGGAUCGUCGCGGCAUCGCCGUCACCGACGCCCAUCUUCUGGUGCUCUUCAAUCGCAUCUGCAAACUCCUGCAUUACCGCAUUAAACCCGUCUUUGUCUUCGAUGGGCCGGCGCCGGUGGUCAAGCAGCGCCUGCUGGAACGGCGACGAAAUGCACGGGCCAGCGCGCAGUCUCGCGCGGAGAAACUGUCGCGGAAAUGGCUGGAGAAUGUCGUACAGCAGCAGGCGGUUAAUGAGGCGCUGCGAACAAACGGGAAAUCACCGGUGAAAGUGCGGAAGCCUAGUCCCAGUAAACCGCCUGGGAAGUCGCCACGACGGGGGCGGAAAAAUGACGAAGAGGCGAACGAACUGAUAGAGAAUUUACUGGAAGCCGAGCAGGAUCCGUCAAGUGAUAUGUACGCUUUACCUCCGAUGCCCGAUGAGGAGCCUUCUUCGGCUGACUUCGAUACUAGCACGGACGAAGACAGCUCCAGUGAUGAAGCCGAUAAUCUCCCCUCGACCGGUAUCAAUCCUGAGCGGUUUGACAUCGAAUCGGAGGAUUUCAAGGCACUGCCGCCGGAGAUCCGCUACGAAAUUCUCGUUGAUCUGCAGGCGUCGCGUCGGCGUCCCUCCUGGAAGAAUGCCAAGCAGCUGCCAGCGGAAUCGGAUAAAUUCUCCAAGUUCCAAAUUAAUCGUUUGUUAACUCGCUGCCAGGUACAAGUUGAACUGGAUAAGACUUCUCGUGAGUUAAACUCCCAUCGUACCGGCCAGAUCUGUGAUAAAAUUGGAGACGGCUUGUCGGAUGGAACUGCAUGCAAAGUGAUCGCACAGCGCAUCGUGUCGGAGGAUUCUGCGCAUUAUCUUCUGGUGAAACGACAGCCUUCCGCGACGAUACAACGCUCUAUCUCAUCUGGAUCGCAGAAUUCUUCCGAAAGCUUUACUGUGGUGGAUGAGAAAAUGACCGAGGAGAGCAAUAACGACAUUUCGCUUCUUCCGGAAAGUGUGAGGAAAAUUCUGGAGAAGAGCAUUGUUCCGAAGGAAGCGCCCACGCUGCCUGAUCUGUUUCUCGAAGAGAUGGAUGGGGAUGAAGACGUUCAGAUUACGGGGCAGUUUGGGCCGACAGAGAAUACCGUCCGCGUGCAUACCUUCGCCAACGAAAGAACCGUAAACAAGAAGUCCAGAUCGGUGGUUGUGUCUAAAAUUGUUGCGCCUACGGAGAUCACUGACGGUAAACAACCAAUGGAAGUGAUUGAUAUUGAAGCGGACUCAGCGGAUGACAUUGUUGUUAUUGAGAGCGCUGACGAUAUUCCCAAGAAGAACAUGCAGUCGGCAAAACCCAUUUUACUGGACGACGAUAAGCCGAAACUCUCUCCUCCGGUUACUGCCGAAAUAAAGAAGAGCGAAAGUGAAAAACAGCGUUCUGAUGCGCUCAUUGCCAGCAUAGCUUCCGAUAAUUCAGAUUCUGAUGGAGAUUUCGUUGAAAUUUCGCCUGUAAAGGAAACAGAUCUGGGAAAAUCCAGGGAAAUGGAGCCGAAUCAGCCGAUGACGGAUGAUCUCGUGCAGUAUUACUCGCAAGCGGACUUCAGCGAUUUUUUCGACUCUAUCCCGCGUACACCGAGUCCACAACCGUCCACAUCGCAGGCUAUUCCCAUAUCUCCGGUUAACAUCCCCAGUCCCAGUCAACUUGUGAAACAACCGCCGAUCUUCCACAAAGAAGACGAGGAUGCGGAAGCCGUCCAUGCCUUCCUCUCGGUGCCGGAAUUUGAUCUGCGAAAACCAGCAAAGUCAGUGGAAGUGGUGGAUCUCGAGGAUGAUGCGCAAUUUGACAUGGCGGAGUUGUCGGUGGAAGAACUGCAGGGUUUACAGGAGCAUUUAGCUAGCGAGGGAAACAGUUGCGUGGAGCAGAAGAAAGAGGAACGGGUGGCGGCCAGUGUCACGGAGCAGCUGCGGCAUGAAUGCCAGGAGUUACUGCGAUUGUUUGGAAUUCCUUAUAUUGUCAGUCCCGGAGAAGCUGAAGCGCAGUGUGCCUUUUUGGAUACGACCAAACAGACGCACGGAACCAUUACCGACGACAGCGAUGUGUUCUUGUUCGGCGGGCAGAAAGUGUACCGCAAUAUGUUCCAUAAGCAGAAAAACGUGGAAUAUUAUAAUGCCGAGGAUAUUGAAAAACAGCUGGGCUUGGAACGUGAGAAGAUUAUUGCUUUGGCGUUACUGACCGGAAGUGAUUACACGGAAGGUAUCGAGGGCGUGGGAGCGGUGCGGGCGUUGGAGAUUCUGGCUGAGUUUGGCGGCAAAGGAUUGCAGAGUUUGAAGAGCUUCUCCAAGUGGGUCAAAGCGACCGCAGAACGGCGCAGCAAUGGUGACAUCCGUCCAGAAAAUCGUCUGCGUGCGGCAUUAUGUCAACUACCGGUGCCCGAAAACUUCCCUGAUAAGCUGGUGGUGGACGCGUAUUUGCAGCCGGGUGUGGAUGAAUCCAAGGAGAAACUAAGCUGGAGCGCACCGGCGCUAGAUUUACUGCGCGAUUACACGCGACGGAAAUUCGGAUGGGGCAAACAGAAGGCAGACGACGUGCUGUUGCCGAUUAUUAAACGAUUGAACACGCGGACGACACAGACGCAUCUGGAGAGUUAUUUCAAGGUGCAACUGCGCAAGCCAGCCGAAAAUCCAGUCAGUAAACGCGUCGGGAACGCUUUGAAAAAAAUGAAGAGUUCGGAAGAGCUGAACAUCGAAGUGACGCAGAAGAACACUAAACCAAAGAAGGGAGAAUCAGAAUACUUUCCUGUAUCCACCACUGAAAAGCGUCGAGGAAGGCCGAAGAAAACCGGAACCAAGGGAAAACGUCAAAGCGAUGCUGGCGCGGAAAGCGACACGAAUGAAGCAUCCACCUCAACGACAACCAAAGCCUCCACAAAUGUUAAACGACGGAAAACUAGCGCGAGUGCGUCCCGAUCGAAAAAAGCCUGAGUUUGGUUAGCCUGAAUGCGUUUUUAUUAACUUGUAAGAAUAAUUUAUAUGUUCUUGAUUAAUUUAUUUAAAUCUCUUUUUUCGUAGCGUUGAAUGAUGGUUUUACUGCAGUAUGCGCUUGCAUGCCUUUUAUAAUAAUUUUAUACACAAAACGAAUGAGAAUUCAUAUACAGAAACAGUAACUUAGGUGAGAUCUUUGGUCCCAC